AUGGUCGGCAUUCCGUAUUUAAAACGCAAACUUGACGAGGGAUAUGAUAUCCAUGCUGCUCCGCAUGCAGCCCUUGUCUCAGGAAUGGGAGGAGGUCCUCGAUACCAUCCAUCAGAUGAGCUGCCUCAUAACCCAACAGUGAAGCAACGAUUAUUAUUCUAUUACAAAUGGUUUUUGCGGAACGUUUACCCUUCGAUAAAUGGGGCCUACUACUUUUCAAUACUGGCUUUCAAUUUAGCCUACCUUUUUGAUAACACCAAGUAUUCGUCUCCAUUCUUAUGGCUGAUAGGAACGAGAAUCAGGCGAUUGAGUCCAGCAGAUCACAAAGCGAUUGCAAUGGCAACGGCAGCCAACACACCCCAUACAGGCGCGUCGAGAUCACGAUCACGGCCGAGUGCUUUAAGCCUUUUAAAUCCCCAAGCCAUAUACCCUCAUUUACUAGGGUCCCUUAAAAUUCUCUUGCCAGCGUCAAUUUUCGCUCUAAAAUUCCUCGAAUGGUGGCAUGCAAGCGACUUUUCGAGGCAACUUGCCAAACAAGCUACCCAGUCCAUUGAACUUCCCGCUCCAGUGGUAACUGGAAUACCGUCAAAAUCCACUGCAACAGAUGUUAAAAGUGAGAAGUCGACAUUGGCGGAGGCAGAUAGACCGAAACAAUGUCGUACAAAGUCUCCAAUAUCGUCUAUAACUCUACUGCCAAUCUUUACUGUCCCAAUACCCCCGGUUGAUCCGGACACCUCUCAGACGCCAUGUCCAAUAUGUCUUAAUGCGCUUGUUAAUCCUACUGCUUGUCAGACCGGCUAUGUUUACUGCUAUACCUGUAUAUUCAGAUGGCUGAAUGGUGAACAUGACCGCCAAAUCGAGUUUAUGAACGGAGCCGGUAAUGGUGCUGCAUGGGAAGACGAUGAUAAAGAUGACGAAAAUGAAAAGGGUGGGAAAGAUUCAACCAGUAGGGAAGGGAGAUGGGAAAAUGGGAAAGGGCGAUGUCCAAUUACCGGCCGAAGAGUUCUAGGAGGAACAGAUGGACUGAGGAGGGUUCUUGUAUAA